AUGGGCUCCGGAGGUGGCAGGAAGGAACUGAGAAAUGGGGACGAGCUAAUGAAGGGGUGCUGGGCUAUUUUGUUGCAGCUGCUGGAGGACAACAUCAUCACUUUUGUGAAGAAUGAACUGAAGAGGAUCCAGAAGGUUCUCAGUCCAGAUUACCCAGAAUACUUAAAGAAUCAGAGGGAGGAGGAUGAGAAGACGAGGAGCAGCAGAGAGGCAUUUCUAAAGAUAACACUAAACUUCCUGAGGAGAAUGAAGCAGGAAAAGCUUGCUGACCAACUGCAGAGCAGAAUUCCUGCUUCAGUUUGUCAGCGUGAACUUAAAUCUAAGCUAAAGAAGAAGUUCCACUGUGUGUUUGAGGGGAUCGCUAAAGCAGGAAACCCAACCCUUCUAAAUCAUAUCUACACAGAGCUCUUCAUCACAGAGGGAGGGACUGCAGAGGUCAAUGAUGAACAUGAGGUCAGACAGAUUGAAACAGCAAACAGGAAACCAGACAGACCAGAAACAAUAAUCAGACAAGAGGACAUCUUUAAAGCCUCUCCUGGAAGAGAUGAACCAAUCAGAACAGUGCUGACAAAGGGAGUGGCUGGCAUUGGGAAAACAGUCUUAACACAGAAAUACACCCUGGACUGGGCUGAAGACAAAGCCAACCAGGACAUCCAGUUCAUAUUUCCUUUCACUUUCAGAGAGCUGAAUAUGCUGAAAGACCAAAAGUUCAGUUUGGUGGAACUUGUUCAUUACUUCUUUACUGAAAUCAAAGAAGCAGGAAUCUGCAGCUUUGAAGACUUCCAGGUUGUGUUCAUCUUUGAUGGUCUGGAUGAGUGUCGACUUCCUCUGAACUUCCAUAAAACUAUAAUCUUAACUGACCCUAGAAAGUCCACCUCAGUGGAUGUGCUGCUGAUAAAUCUCAUUAUGGGGAACCUGCUUCCCUCUGCUCGCCUCUGGAUAACCACACGACCUGCAGCAGCCAAUCAGAUUCCUCAAGGCUGUGUCGGCUUGGUGACAGAGGUCAGAGGGUUCACUGACCCACAGAAAGUGGAGUAUUUCAGGAAGAAAUUUAGAGAUAAGGAGCAAGCCAGCAGGAUCAUCUCCCACAUCAAGACAUCACGAAGCCUUCACAUCAUGUGCCACAUCCCAGUCUUCUGCUGGAUCACUGCUACAGUUCUGGAGGAUGUGCAGAAAACCAGAGAGGGAGGACAGCUGCCCAAGACCCUGACUGAGAUGUACAUCCACUUCCUGGUGGUUCAGGCCAAAGUGAAGAAGGUCAAGUAUGAUGGAGGAGCUGAGACAGAUCCACACUGGAGUCCAGAGAGCAGGAAGAUGAUUGAGUCUCUGGGAAAACUGGCCUUUGAUCAGCUGCAGAAAGGAAACCUGAUCUUCUAUGAAUCAGACCUGACAGAGUGUGGCAUCGAUAUCAGAGCAGCCUCGGUGUACUCAGGAGUGUUCACACAGAUCUUUAAAGAAGAGGGAGGACUGUACCAGGACAAGGUGUUCUGCUUCAUCCAUCUGAGUGUUCAGGAGUUUCUGGCUGCUCUUCAUGUCCAUCUGACUUUCAUCAAUUCUGGAGUCAAUCUAAUGAAAAACCAAACAACCACCCAGAAGUCUGAAACAAAAGAAUCUGCAGAGAAACAUUUCUACCAGACUGCUGUGGAUAAGACCUUACAGAGUUCAAAUGGACACCUGGACUUGUUCCUCCGCUUUCUUCUGGGUCUUUCGUUGGAGACCAAUCAGACUCUCCUACGAGGUCUUCUGACACAGACAGGAAGUCGCUCACAGACCAAGCAGGAAACUGUCCAGUACAUCAAGAAGAAACUCAAUGAGAAUCUGUCUGCAGAGAAAAGCAUCAAUCUGUUCCACUGUCUGAAUGAACUGAGUGAUCGUUCUCUAGUGGAUCAAAUCCAACAGCAUAUGACAUUAGGACUUCUCUCUUCACUGUCUCCUGCUCAGUGGUCAGCUCUGGUCUUCAUCUUACUGUCAUCAGAAAAAGAUCUGGAUGUGUUUGACCUGAAGAAAUACUCUGCUUCAGAGGAGGCUCUUCUGAGGCUGCUGCCAGUGGUCAAAGCCUCCAACAAAGCUCUACUGAGUCUCUGUAACCUCUCAGAGAGAAGCUAUGAAGCUCUGUCCUCCAUUCUCAGCUCGCAGUCCUCUACUCUAAGAAAAUUGGACCUGAGUAACUCUGAUCUGCAGGAUUCAUCAGUGAAGCUUCUGUCUGCUGGAUUGAGGAGUCCACACUGUAAACUGAAUACUCUGAGACUGAGUCACUGUAAGUUCUCAGAGAGAGGCUAUGAAGCUCUGUUCUCAGCUCUCAGCUCUCAGUCCUCUAGUCUGAGACAGCUGGACCUGAGUAACUCUGACAUGCAGGAUUCAGCACUCAAGCUUCUGUCUGCUGGACUGAGGAGUCCACAAUGCAAAAUGGAAACUCUCAGUCUGUCAGGCUGUCUGAUCACAGAGGAAGGCUGUACUUCUCUAACCUCAGCUCUGAGCUCCAACCCUUCCCAUCUGAGAGAGCUGGACCUGAGCUACAAUCAUCCAGGAGACUCAGGCACGAAGCUGUUGUCGGCUGGACUGAAGGAUCCAUGCUGGAGACUGCACACACUUAGGGUGGAGCCUGCUGGAGUCCGAUGGUUGAGACCAGGUCUGAGGAAGUAUUCCUGUCAAUUCACUAUUGACACAAACACAGUACACACAAACAUCAAACUGUCUGAUGACAACAACAUGAAGGUGACACGUGUGAAGGAGGUUCAGUCAUAUCCUGAUCAUCCAGACAGAUUUAAUGUUCAUUACCAGCUGCUGUGUAGAAAUGGUCUGACUGGUCGCUGUUACUGGGAGGUCGAGUGGAGAGGAGAUGUUUAUAUAUCAGUGAGUUACAGAAGAAUCAGAAGGAAAGGAGACAGUGAAGACUGCUUGUUUGGAUACAACAAUCAGUCCUGGAGUCUCAGCUGCUCUGAUGAUGAUGGUCCUCAUUCUGUCUGGAACAAUAACAGACAAACAUGGAUCUCCUCCUCCACCUCCUCCUCUGUCUCUAACAGAGUAGCAGUGUAUGUGGACUGUCCUGCUGGCACUCUGUCCUUCUACAGAGUCUCCUCUGACACUCUGAUCCACCUCCACACCUUCAACACCACAUUCACUGAAACUCUUUAUCCUGGGUUUAGACUCCGGUCUCCUGGUUCCUCAGUGAGUCUGUGCUGA